AUGGUAUCUUGUUUUUCCCUUUCUCCCCACUCUUGCACACCUUUCUACACGGUUUUUUGCCUUAGCUUUCUGAACUGGCUGGCAACCGCAGGCUCUCGUGACCAUCUAAUCAAGGUUUGGGAUCUUGAUCAGUUGGUCACUGGCUCGGGAAGCGGCACCAACCUUGGUGGCGGUGGUGGUGGCGGCGGCAAUUUCAGCGUUGGUCAGACAAACUACUUACUAAGUCCCAGUGGAAUGAUGCCAACACAGCAACCUAUGCAGUUGCAGCAGCAGCAACAAUACUGCCCACAGUUGGUUUACACCGUGCGCACAAACAACGUUUGUCGGCUUUAUAGUGUUGCUACGAACUUGUUUUCGCGACUUGGUCGGUUCGUCAAGGAGACCUUGUGGAACGCACCUAGUCCCAUGUCGUCUGCCAGAAUAUUCGUGAUUUCCAGCAUUGGACCAUUGGCUGGGUACAUUCCAAAACGUUUCGCCGCAAUCGUCACUGAGAGGCGCCAUCGUAAGCGCAGAGUUACAACUUGUCAAAGUGACCAAUGUUCUUCCGAAAACGGUUACACUAUCACUCCUCUUUCUGUCUUGGCUCAUCCAUCCACUCCGGCCCUAUCACAACUUCUGACUUGUUUACAAUUCACCCGUCAAAAUGUUUGCCCUUUUUUGGUAAUCUAG